UCCCGGUCAAUUGCCAUUGGGGAGGCGAGCUCCUUGAACACAGGCGAAAAAAAAAUGGAUUUGGAAAACAAAGUGAAAAAGAUGACCCUGGGCCAUGAGCAGGGAGCUGGGGCCCCAUGUCUGAAAUGCAAGGAUAAAUGUGAAGGAUUUGAGCUCCACUUUUGGAGAAAGAUCUGUCGUAAUUGUAAGUGUGGCCAAGAAGAACAUGAUGUCCUCACUGGUAACGAAGAAGACAAGAAAGUGGGCAAACUUUUUGAGGAUACAAAAUACACAAGUCUCAUUGCAAAACUUAAAACCGAUGGUAUCCCUGUUUACAAACGCAAUACGGUAACACUCACCAACCCGAUAGCAGCCAAGAAAGAUGUAUCCAUCAAGACUGUUACGUAUGAGUGGGCUCCACCGGUCCAAAAUCAAGCUUUGGCUGUGCGAUACAUGGAACUGCUACCAAAGGAGAAGCAGCCGGUUGCUGGCUCAGAGGGAGCUCAGUAUCGAAAGAAGCAGUUGGCUAAGCAGUUGCCUGCACAUGAUCAAGAUCCUUCAAAAUGCCAUGAGUUGUCUGUUAAUGAGGUGAAACAGAUGGAGCAGUUUGUGAAGAAAUACAAGAAUGAAGCUCUUGGUGUUGGUGACAUCAAACUCCCAGAUGAAAUGGAAGCACAGUCUAAAGAACAAGAAAAACCUGAUGCUGGUGAAAGAAGUACCACAGUUGCUGUUGGAUCAGUGGCUGGACAACCAGCGACAAAAUAUGCAUGCUUUCGUUGUAAAUUGAGCAUGAAGGAGGGAGACCCAGCUGUAUACGCAGAGCGGGCUGGUUAUGACAAGCUGUGGCAUCCUGCUUGUUUUGUCUGCUGCAUCUGCAGUGAACUGCUUGUGGAUAUGAUCUACUUUUGGAAGAAAGGAAAACUAUACUGUGGACGUCACUACUGUGACACGGAGAAACCACGUUGUGCUGGCUGUGAUGAGUUAAUAUUCAGCAAUGAAUACACCCAAGCUGAAGGCCAGAAUUGGCACUUGAAGCAUUUCUGCUGUUUCGAGUGUGACUGUGUCCUUGCCGGAGAAAUCUAUGUUAUGGUGAAUGACAAACCUGUCUGCAAACCUUGCUAUGUGAAGCUUCAUGCUGCGGUGUGCCAAUGUUGUCACAACGUCAUUGAUCCUGAGGCCCAGCGUGUUACAUAUGGGAAAUACAAUUGGCACGCUACACCUGACUGCUUCCUGUGCUCUUGCUGUGGCAAGUGUCUGAUUGGCCAGAAGUUCAUGCCUGUGGAAGGAAUGCUGUUCUGCUCAGUGGACUGCAAAAAGAAGCUGAUGUCUUGAACAUGAUUAACUGCAACAAAUGUAAAUGCUGAUCACAACAUUCAUUUCUCCAGUUUAUACAAUUUGAAUUCUAUUACUUGUGUGUUGUGGAAUGAGGAAUCACUUUUAUUACAAAUGUUAAGCAUUUGCUAAUAACUGAAAGUUGCAUUGACGAGACAAAAAUGUGGUAUAAUCAAAACUAAGAAAUCUAAAAACGGCAUGUAUUACAAUGAACUCAUCUCUUUUAGUAAAUUUUCAGUUUUUAUUCCAUGAAAAGCAUGAUUCAAGUAUCAAAGUUAGAAAUCUCAUGUAACAUUCUAAAAUGGCAUUCCCUUUUGGUACUUUGGAAAUAGUUAUCCUAUCCAGGCAAAAGCAGAGCUUUGGUGUACUUUUGUCAGCUUGAAAAAUAAAAUUCUGCUUGAUCUGUUU